CAGGAUAUGAUCGACCGCCUGGAGGCAAAUAUCCAGCGCAUCGAAGCUCAUUUUCAGAAGAUAGGAUUUGACCUGGGUCAAGAUGUGGACGGGUCAUCAUUCAUCGAGAGCUUUGAGCAGUCGGAUGAAUCCUUAUCAUCGAGUCCAGUUGAAAAUACAGAUAUAAGAAGAGACGUGGGUAUUUGGAAUUCAGGACCAAUGCACAUGGACGCUGAACAAGGCCGCUCUGUCGCUACACACAAUGCAUAUCGUACGCUAGUUAACUCCUCGGAUGGAGUCUACACAACAAUACUGGGCGAUCUGCCCUGCUUCUCCGUUCCAAGGUGUUUUGCAGAUACACCAAACCACGGCUUCUCGGUUCUAUCCCCCGAGGGAAAGAAAUGGAUAACUCAUAGAACGGAAGGGGGGUGCGUUGACAGUUUAGAAUCCUUCCUUUCAUCGGGUAUCCACCAAAAGACGGAUCGAGGCCUGCUUGAGGGUUUAUUUCCUGACAAGCAUUUCUGCCCAUUGCCCCCAAUAGAUGAGAUCGCAUCAUUGGUCAAUGACUAUUUGCAGCAAUUCAACCCUUUAUGUCCUAUAUUUCAGCCGUCGUCGCUAUUGUCUCUUUAUGAUGACGACAACUUACAGACCAUAUUCAAUUUCCCCGGUCGUUGGGCGAGCCUCAAUGUUGUUCUGGCGAUAGGGUUUAUGCUGCGCGUAAAGGGCAGCUCCUCUGUACAGGCCGAGCACCAGAAAAGCUGGUUGUUCAUGAAGAACGCCUUGGGGGUUUUGAACGAACUUUGCUUUGGGCCACCAGAUUUAUGGACCGUGCAGGGACUCUUAGGGAUAAUUAUCUUUCUCUUAGGGACAUUGAGCAGCCAGCCUUGCGGAUAUUUGAUUUCCUCCGCUGUGCAGAUAUGUCAUCAAAUUCGACUCGAACGAAAUGAGGAUGGGUCUGGAUUGUUUCCUGAAGAACUAGAACACCGCAGGCGGAUCUUUUGGAUUACAUAUUGCCUCGACAAAGAAAUAUCUCUUCGGGAUGGUAUUCCAUUAGCACAACGCGAUGAUGAUAUGGAUGUCUUAUUACCAAUGGAAGCUCCACUGGAUAACAUAGGAACCAUGCCAACAACAGACCAACAAGGAACCUUCAACGCAUUCAGAGCAGUAUGUGAGCUAGCCAUAAUCAAGAGCCAAGUACACACACACCUCUACUCGUUAGCAGCAGCAGAUCGCCCGCUUGUUGAGGUGGCUGCGGCGGUUGCGCGGUUGAACCAAAAGCUCCAACAGUGGAAGGAUAGUAUCCCCACCGAGUUCCGACCCGACCUACAAAGGAUUCCCGCUUUCCCACAGUCCCCGACAGCUGCAGUCCUUCUUUUGCUGCAUUUCUCAUACUUCAACUGUCUGAUCGCUAUCCAUCGGGUUACCGCGGCCCGAGGGUCAAGCCUAGGUAUGGAUCUAGUCGAAAGCAACAGUUUCCACAUUCCACCCAACCCAGUGGUAUUCAUGUCGGAAUCCCUGUGCACAAAAUCCGCAAUAGCGUCGAUUAACUUGAUCAAAUAUAUGCCGAAAUCUGAUAUCAUUGUCGGGACCAUGAUCUACUACCCUGUUCUAGCAUCCAAAACACUGUCCUCGACCAUCGUCGGGAAUCCACAAGACAGCUCGUGCAUAUAUCACACUAGGCUUAUCAUGCAAGUGGAAGAAUUUGUGUCAACAUUGGUUCUCGGUACACCCAAUAAAGGGAUAGAGGGACUUUUGAAGGAGUUGCAAGAUAACAGAGAACUGGAUAAGGAAAGAGGAUCCCUCGCUCCACAACCAAAUAGAAGCAUCUAG